AUGCAGCCCGAAGAAGCAGCGACGCGCAUGCUGGAUAUCUUUACCGUGAUCUUGAGGCAGAAGGAUGGGCCACAUGGGUUGCAGAUUGAUGGCACAGAUCCCGAUUGUGCUCUCGUCAGGGCCAUCAAAGAUGGUGCAGUGGCAGAGUGGAACAAGAUUACCAUGGAGAAUCGCGUUAAAGUGUUUGAUCGUAUUGUCGAGGUUAACGGCACCAAGGGUCAGGCUCCGGAUUUGGUGAAAGCUUUGGCGGCCGACUCGGAGUCAACCUCCAUUACAAUACAAAGGCCGUCCGAGAGACAAGUGAAGUUGCAGAAACCUGGCGAGAUUGGUGUCAUCCUCAACUACAAGAAGGUGGGUUCUGCAGCCCCGUGGAUCUCGAACAUCAAUGCGGGCCUGCUAAGUCAGUGGAAUCAGGAAAGGCCAGAACAUGCUGUUCAAACCCAUGACCGAAUUGUAGCAGUCAACGGAGCAAAGGGUGCGCCGGAGGAACUAAUGCUGAAGAUGAAAGAGGCAACUUCAACAUUGGAUUUAAGUAUCUUGCACUAUGCCGUGGAUCCACCCGCCUGA